AUGCAGUGUAUCUUUUGUGAACAGGUGGAAUCACUUUAUCCUCGUCCUGGCUGGGUUGAAUUAGAUCCUGAAGUGCUGUGGUGUCAGUUUGUUGAUGUAAUAAAAGAGGCUGUACAAGCUGCAGGACUUCACAUGAAGCAAAUUGCUGGUCUUGGCAUCUCAACACAGAGAGCGACUUUCAUUACAUGGCACAAGAGGACAGGGAAACCUUUUCAUAAUUUCAUAAGUUGGCAAGACUUAAGAAGUGCUGAACAUGUGAAUUCCUGGAAUAACUCCCUUCUGCUGAAGGUGAUCCGUGUUAUUUUUACAGUGCUUUAUUUCUUGACUGGGAAUGAUCGAUACUUGGUAGCAAGUUUUCUUACUUUUUCAACACAACAAACUUCUAUGAAGUUAUCAUGGGUUUUUAAAAACAUACAUGAGGCUGAAGAAGCUGCCAAAAAAAAUAACUGCUGCUUUGGAACAGUUGACACGUGGUUACUGUAUAGAUUGACUAAAGGUUCUGUGUAUGCUACAGAUUACUCAAAUGCCAGUGCUACAGGUGUUUUUGAACCCUUUAUGAAAUGUUGGAGCCCCACUUUGUGUAAUUUACUUUCCAUUCCAAUGUCUGUGUAUCCACCAGUGAAAGACACAAGCUUCAACUUUGGAUCAACUGACUCUGAAAUAUUUGGGGUACCUAUUCCAAUAAUGGCAGUGGUAGCUGACCAGCAGUCAGCCAUGUUUGGAGAAUGCUGCUUUCACCCAGGAGAUGUUAAACUGACAAUGGGAACAGGUGGUUUCUGGAAUGUGAACACUGGAGAGCAUCUCUUUGCAUCACGAAAGGAUCUGUAUCCACUGAUUGGUUGGAAGAUUGGGGAAGAAGUUGUUUACUUAACUGAAGGCUGCAUGUCAGACAUUGGUACUGCUAUAAAAUGGGCUCAGGAUAUAAAUCUUUUCACCAAUGUAGAUGAAACAGCAAAAAUGGCACGGAGUAUUGUUGAUUCUCAAGGCGUUUGUUUUGUUCCAGGUUUUCAGGUUUCUGUGAAUGACCCAUAUUUAUGUGCCUCUUUCACGGGGCUGAAACCUUCCACUACCAGAAACCAUCUUGUACGAGCGAUAUUGGAAUCUGUAGCUUUCAGAAACAAACAGCUUUAUGAUAUCAUUGUGAAGAAGGUACGCAUUCCUCUUCAAACUAUUCGAGCUGAUGGAGGUGUCAGUAAUAAUAGUUUUGUCAUGCAGAUGACUUCAGAUUUAAUUAACAAGAGAAUAGAAAAACCUGCAAAUGCAGACAUGUCUAGUCUUGGUGCAGCUUUUCUAGCAGGCCUUGCUUCAGGAUUUUGGACUGACAAAGAACAACUAAAGAAGCUGAGGCGAAUAGAAGCCGUUUUUGAGCCCCAGAAGGACUUGGAAGAAUACAAACCUGCUAUGGAUACCUGGUUACAAGCAAUGAAAUGUUCCCUGUACUGGUAGAAAUUGGCAUUUU